AUGUACAAUUUAUCAAAUCAUCUUAUUUUUUUACAGAGUUUAACAAGUAUUGUUGGUGCUAAUGGUAGUGGAAAGAGUAAUGUCAUUGAUUCUUUACUUUUUGUGUUUGGAUACCGGUCUUCAAAAAUUAGAUCAAAAAAAGUGUCAGUACUCUUACAUAAAUCAGACAAGCAUAAAGAUGUUCGCCAAUGUUCUGUCACUGUCUAUUUUGUACAUAUUCAAGAUGAUAUCACAGCACAAACCGGAUUUGUUCCUAUUCCAGGUACUGAAAUAAAAAUUACACGCACAGCAUUUAAAGACAAUACAUCAUUUUAUACAUUAAAUGACAAACGUGUUAAGUUUAAGGAUGUAGCAAUUAUUUUAAAGAAAAAUGGAAUAGAUUUAGUUCAUAAUAGAUUUCUUAUACUUCAGGGAGAGGUCGAACAAAUUGCUAUGAUGAAACCUAAAUCUGAAAAUGACCAUUCAACCGGUAUGUUAGAAUAUUUAGAAGAUGUCAUUGGCACUGUGAGAUACAAGAAACCAAUUACUAAACUUGAAGAAAGAGUAAAAGAUUUAUCAUUGGAAAAAAAUGAAAAAAUAACUCGUUUGAAAUUUGUUGCAAAAGAAAGAGAAGAACUUAUAGAACCCGUAGAAGCUGUGAUUUAUUAUCUAAAAUUAGAAAACCGAAUCACUCGAUUGAGUAAUAAAAAACACCAAAAAGAUAGAUUUGAUAUUGAAGCAAUAAUAGAAACCAAAACUGAAACUCAGAAUAAGAUGAAUGAUAAAAUAAAUUCUAAUGAGAAAGAAAUCAAUACCAUUUCUAAGGAUAAGAAGCAAUUUGAAAAAAAAAUACAAGAUUUAUCUGAAAAGUUAAAAUCCGAUCACUUAAUAUUAAAAAAAAAUGAAGACAAACAUAAGAAAUGCUUACGUAAAAAAGGUCAAUUAAAUGAUGAAUAUAACCAGGCAAAAGCGCAGAUUACCAAAUAUGAAAAUUCUAUACAACAGGAACAAAAAAAGGUAAAAAUCAACCCAUUAUUAACUGUCUAA